UGUCAAUCACGUGUGGGGAUCCCACGGGGUGUUCCCAAUCCGGGUCCUGUGCGACGUGCUCAUCUCGAGCCACUUCUCGAACCGGUGGCUCGUUGCGUCCUAUAUAUUCGAUCUCCGGACUUCCAUUGAUUCACUCCAGAGUCUAGAUAGCCAUUGAGUCGAAUUGCGUCCAAAAUGGCCACUCCCGACAUCGAGAAACACCCCGCCACUGCAGCCCGGGGCCAUGGAGACCCUAAAUACCCCGAUCUCUCGACGGGGCCCUACGACAGCCAGGUCCCACCCGUCAACGCCGACAAGCUUGCGCGUAACCUGUCUGCGCGCCAGGUCCAGAUGAUCGCCAUCGGCGGCACAAUCGGCACCGGUCUGUUCCUGGGCACGGGGAAGGCGCUGGCUACCGGUGGUCCGGCAUCCAUGCUGAUUGCGUAUGCGAUCUGCGGUGGGAUCGUGUUCGUGACGAUGCUGAGUCUUGGGGAGAUGGCGGCUUUUAUUCCGGUUGCUGGGUCGUUUUGUACGUUUGCGGGUCGGUUCGUCGACGACGCGUUGGGGUUCGCUUUGACGUGGAACUACUGGUUCAAUGAUGCGGUCUCGACGGCGUCGGAUGUGAUUGCCCUGCAGCUGUUGCUGGAGUUCUGGACGGAUAAUUUCCCCGGGUGGGCGAUCAGUUUGAUUUUUCUGGUUGUGGUCAUUGCGCUGAAUGUGAUGUCGGUGAAGGUUUAUGGAGAGAUCGAGUAUUGGCUCAGUCUCUUGAAGGUCAUCACUAUCAUUAUAUUCAUUAUACUCGGCAUUGCAGUCAAUUGUGGCGGGAAUACGGAGCACCGAUAUCUUGGUGAUAAGUAUUUCUACAUCGGAGAUGCGCCAUUCGUCGGUGGAAUCGGAGGAUUCGCAUCGGUCUUUGUGACUGCUUCCUUCGCUUUUGGCGGCACUGAAUCGAUCGCUGUGACCGCAGGUGAAACCAAGGACCCCGAUAAGAACAUGCCCAAGGUGGUUCGCAACGUCUUCUGGCGUAUCAUUUUGUUCUACAUCGUGUCCAUCAUCAUCAUCGGUCUCAACGUGCCCUACACUUACCCGAAUUUGUCCGAGGGUGACACCGCCACCAGCCCCUUCACCAUCGUGUUCACCCAGGCCGGCAGUGCUGUAGCUGGUAGCUUCAUUAAUGCCGUGCUCAUGACCAGCGUCAUCUCCGCCGCCAACCAUGCACUGUUCGCCGGAUCCCGACUACUCUACACCCUCGCGGUUGAUGGCUACGCGCCUCGGUUCUUCGGCAACCUGAACCGCUUCCAGGUACCCUGGAUUGCUGUCCUAGCAACCUCAGUUAUCAGCGGUCUCUGCUUCGGCGCCAGCUAUAUCGGCGCCGGUCAGCUCUGGUCAUGGCUUCAAAACAUCGUCGGCGUCUCCAACCAACUCUCCUGGACCUGCAUCGGCGUCGCCUCGUUACGCUUCCGCGCCGCAAUCCGCCACCAGGGUCUUGAGCACCUUCUCCCCUACAAGAACUGGACCUACCCCGUCGGACCCAUCAUCGCCGUCGGGCUUAACAUCGUCCUCAUCCUUGUUCAAGGCUGGUCCUGCUUCAGCCCGAGCUUCAAGCCCAUCGACUUCGUGUCCUUCUACAUCGAAAUCCCCAUCAUGAUCGUCAUGUUCCUCGUCUGGAAACUGGUGAAGCGCACCAAAUUCGUCCAUCUCGGCGAGAUGGAUCUCCUGACGGAUCGGUACAACGUGGUCCAGCAGGAGGGAGUUGAUCCGAAUGCAGAAUAUGAAUCUCAUGAGCCGACUUCGCGGCGGGAGAAGAUCUUUGCGUCAUUGAAGGGCGAGGAGAAGGGCGUUUGGGCGAAGCUGAAGAGGGUCGGGAUGUGGCUUUUCUUGUAGUUCUUUUCUUUUCUUUCUUGUGGAUAUCAAAAAUGGGGAGGGAUGUCCGGAUUAUGGGACUUUUUAUGCUUACGAAUUAU